AUGACUAGCAACGUGGACGUUGUUUCUGACGCAUUGAUGCAACGAGUUAUUAGACAGGAUUUUGCGGACUGCACGAUUUUAGCUGUUGCUCACCGCUUAGAGACCAUUAUUGACUUUGACCGCAUCGCCGUGUUAAAGGAUGGUGAGCUGAUUGAAUUUGAUAGGCCUGACGCGCUUCUCAAAAGGGAUAGUGCUUUUAGGAUCUUUACGAGUCAUGAAAUUCGAGGCAUCUGUCGUCUUUCAGUUCAUUACCUGCACGAUAGGAGAAUCAUUCAUCAGUCAAAUAAAUAUUCUUGGCCGAGAAUAUCAGAAACCCAUUUGCCUCGUAUUCAGAGAAGUCAUUCUACAUGGUGCCCAUUAUUGUUCGAUAAGAGGACCCUUACCCACGACGUAUAA